AUUUGUGAUAUCUGAGAAAACAAUGAAACCACCAUAUCUUCUUCUUUCCUUAGCAUCUCCGCCCAACUGUAUUUUUUAAAGUCUGAUAAAGCAAUUGAACUGUUAUCAUGUUCUAAUUUCAAUUCUCAGUAGAAUAAACAUAGAGAGCUUCGAUUUCAUCAGAUCCUAAUCAAGAAUUCCAAAUGUAAUCAAAUUUUGGAAAUGGUUCUGAGAUGUUAAUAGAUUGUUUGGCAAUACGAAAGAUUAUCCAAUAUGGAAACAGUAUCAUUGAGGAUUGCUUUUCUCAUCAAGUCAGCGAAUGAUUUAUACAAAUCGGAAGUGAUGAGCUUAUGAUGAUUCACCUAAUAUGAAGUGCUGCCAAUAUUCAAUUAUGACAUGGAUACAUGAUUUCCAAAUCCUGUCCACAUAAAUCCAGUAUUCACAUAUAAAACCUGAAGCUGCCAUGAGAAAGCUAAGUACAAUUGACCUUUACAUAAAUCUUUAGUAGUCAGUGUAUUCAUAAUGAUAAUGACUAAAUGCUUAACUUUGAAGGCUACUUUAAUUUCUACACAACAGCUAAUAUAAGUGGCAGUAAUAAUUCAGCAAUUUGAAAAGAAAAAAUGGUUCAAGCUCAUAAAUGUAACAUACUACUGGUGCCAACAAUAACUGUCUUUAGUUCUUUACAUAUUCAGAAGAUAUUUGGAAAUCAAAAGGUUUGGCCACAAAUCUCGCUUAAGAUCAUCGUCGAAGAACAUACUCAAGAUCGCCGUGAAAUUGCGUUCUUGCACUCCGGCGAAUUUCUCCUGGGAGAUUUCGACUCAAAAGAUCAUCAACCAAAUGAGUCUUCGGAGGAACAUCGUCACAAGUCGUCUAUCAAAGAAGUUGAUUUCUUCUCCCCCAAAAGUCAGCCGUACGAUGAUGAUAUUGGCCAUGUGAGAACGACGACUACUAUCGUUGGAUCUUCCGGUUUUAAUGAUGACUUAGUUAUGGUAAAUUCAUGUCAUGGAACAUCAAGCGAUGAUGGCGAUGACAAAACCAAAACCCAAAUUAUUAGGCUGAAAUUGGAGCUAGCGAGGCUCCACGAGGAGAAUUACAAGCUGAAGCAUUUAUUAGAUGAGAUCAGUGAGAGUUAUAACAACCUCCAAAGAAGAGUUUUGUUGGUGAGACAGACACAAGUGGGAGGUCUACAUAAACAACAUGAGGAUACACCUCAAGCUGGUUCUUCACAAGCUCUAGAGGACAUGAACAAUGAAAUCGCAGCCACUACCUUGAAACGACGGUUACUAGACGACGUGGACGAUCGUGAUAUGCACCAAGGACGAUCACCAAAAACUCCAAGAUUAGACCAAAACAAGAGUAAUAAUCCUGACGAGCAACAAAACCCUCAUGAUCAGCUACCCUUUCGAAAAGCUAGGGUUUCCGUCAGGGCUAGAUCUGAUGCCACCACGGUAAAUGACGGAUGUCAAUGGAGAAAAUAUGGUCAGAAAAUGGCCAAAGGAAAUCCAUGUCCUCGUGCUUACUAUCGCUGCACCAUGGCCGUUGGAUGCCCUGUUCGUAAACAGGUCCAACGAUGCGCGGAGGAUACAACUAUUUUGACCACAACAUACGAAGGAAACCAUAACCAUCCUCUUCCACCGUCAGCAACCGCCAUGGCCGCCACCACCUCGGCCGCAGCCGCAAUGCUCUUAUCUGGCUCCACCACAAGCAACCUCCACCAAACACUCUCUAGCCCUUCGGCCACGUCAUCAUCUUCCUUCUACAACAACUUCCCAUACACCUCCACAAUCGCCACACUCUCAGCGUCCGCUCCUUUUCCCACCAUAACCUUAGACCUCACCAACCCGCCUCGACCACUACAACCACCGCCGCAGUAUCUGAGCCAGUAUGGUCCCGCCGCGUUUUUACCAAACGCUAAUCAAAUUAGGUCAAUCAAUAAUAAUAGCAAUCCGCAGUUAUUAUUACCUAAUCUGUUGGGUCCACAAGCACUACCACGUGACAUGGUCGAUUCAGUAAGGGCUGCGAUUGCCAUGGAUCCGAAUUUCACGGCGGCGCUUGCGGCUGCGAUCUCAAACAUUAUCGGAGGUGGUAAUAACGACAAUAAUAAUAAUGAUAUUAUUAAUGAUAACAAGGUUGAUGCGAAAAGUGGAGGUAGUAGUAAUGGAGAUUCGCCACAGCUUCCUCAGUCUUGCACCACUUUCUCUACAAACUAAUUUAGUAUCACUAUUAAAUUGCUAUCUUAUAAUUAUUGUUAUUACUACACACAUCUUAUAAUGCGUAUCAUAUGUUUUCUGGUGUACAUUAUAUACAAAUAGAGGGAGAGAGGGAGAGGGAGGGAGAGGGAGAGAGAGAGAGCUCUUAUAGGUUUUUUUUUUGUUAAUAGGGCUAGAUUCCGGCUACUGUUUAUUUUUUGUUUUGUUUUUCAUAUAUGUUGAAAGAAUGACACCGAUGGAUCUGUAUCUGCAUCUAUAUAUAUGUGUAUCUUAAAUAUUUUAUGUUAAAACGUUUUGG